AUGUCCUUAAAUGCCUCCUCUCCAUCCUCCGUUGGCUCUCUGGAUGCCCUCGAUGUCCUCGAUGAAGACGUCAACCGGAGCAAAGACAGCCGAGCAACAGGUUACCUCGGUAAGAGCUCAGAGGUUUCCUGGAUGCGCACUUUAGAUGUUGAAGCCAAUGGUCCGUCUGGCAGUGAGAUGGAAAUUGAAAACAGCAGCAAAUUUUCGCAUCCGAGGACUGCACCUACAGUAUCGAUGAACUACCAUAUCGAGCCCCCUGAGUAUCAGAUCACAGAUUUAUUCUCAGAUCUUAGAAUUUUGCCUGCUCUGCCGUACGAACCUGCCUAUGUUCAGCCCGGUGAAUCUCAGCUUUUUCACAUCACCGCCGAGCAGGUCACCCAUGACCACCGACGUCAGGUCCGUGUCCAGUUGACUGCAGUUGGUAAUCAGGCCCUUCGUGGGCUCUGCCAUUAUCCCUGCCAACGUACGUACUGGCGAGAGGAAUCGUAUGAGUUAUGGUUGAAUACUAUGGGUUUCAACCAUACAAUUGAUACCUCCUAUCUGUUCAGCAUGGCCGAAGUUGGUGGUUGUUAUCUUUUUGAUGUUGGACCGGGCUAA